GCCGCGGAAAUGGCGGCAGAAUUCUUCCUCGCCGUCGGCGUUGACGAUCGGUCCUCGCAACUUUCACAACUGACAACUUAACAAAAACAACCCCAUAAGCCACCAGAGAGAGGCACUUGCAACGCGAAUCAUACUUGUGCCCAGUCGGCGGCGGUGCCACGGCGCAGCGCCCGUACGAGAAUGCGAGCAAGAAUAAAGCGCUAAUUCACAGUUCGUGGGCUCCGGGGUGUCAUGGCAACGCGGGGGAGGCUGUGGGGGUGCCACGAGGCUUGUGGCCCGGCUCGCGUCGACAUCUCGGUUUGGAUCUGGCGACGAUUGGGUUCUGAAAAAAAAAGUCCUCGAGUCUGCCGUGAAAGCUGGUCAGGGUGCAGAUUAGACCGGGGUUGUGUGUGUUGUUGUGGUGGUGGGGUGGGGGGUUUAAACGUCGGAAACGAACGGGCCAAGUUUCUUAAAUUAAAUCUGGCUCCGUUGUUUCGUUCUGUUCAGAACCGAUUUUUGUUUUGUUUUAAAGGAUCGAAACGGCGAACUGCGACUGUUCUGAUCCAAGAACCAAUCUGGGUGGGAUGGGGGACCCCGUUGCGAGCGCCGUGGAGGACAACCCCCCUCACCUCACUCCACGUGAACCCCCUAGAUUGCGACGCGGCUCGGGGAAACAAAGCCUGAGAACCGGGGACCCAGAAUUACGGAUUAGGGGACCAAGAGACCCCGUUGAGAGAGAGAGAGAAGGAGGUGGGGGGUGGAGAGAAAGCGCGGGGAGAGACAAAAGAAGCUCGCGGGCACAAAGCGCAGCGCCCUGAGCAGCAGCAGCAGGAGCAGGAGGAGGGGUAAAGGAGGAGGAGGAGGAAGAGAGGUGAAAGGAGGAGGAGCUCGGGGUAGAGGUUCGCGAUUGAACCGAGUGGUGGUGGUGGGGGGGAAGGUGCAGACAGCAGCAGCCGCCACUACCACAGCCGCCGCAGCCGCCUCGUCCCUGCUAGGCGAGGGAGACCGGGGAACCCCGGCGAGGGGAACGCGCAAGGGGCACACGGAGGAGACGGACGGGCCCCCCACCCCCGCCGGCCCCCCCUUCUGGACGCCUCCUCGUGGCCGCCAGGGCAAAGAUUACUGCGGCGUCCCCGGGAGCGAGGCCUGGCCGCCCCGUCCCGUAAAGCCCCCCACCACCACUACCCCGUCCACCACCCGGUUCACCACCCGGUUCAUCCCCCUUCAUCCCCUCGCCAUCCCCUCCGCCAUGAGGCUACCGGGCGUCCUGUUACUGCUCUGCGUCCUGGCCGGGGCCCGCGCGGCGAUCGUGUUCACGGAGGAGCCAAUUUCUCAGGAUGCGCAGCAUGGCCGCUUUGCCAUCCUGCGCUGCGAGGUGGCUGAGCCCGCCGGCGUCACCUUCUCGUGGCUGCUCGACGGGCACCACUUGCCCGACACGGCGCGCCGCUUCGUCGAGGGCAGCAACCUCCAGUUCAGCGCCGUGGACCGCAAACUCGACGCCGGAGUCUUCGUCUGCGUGGUGCGCGACCCCAGCACCGGCGAGGUGGCGCGCAGCCAGGACGCCUCUCUCAACAUCAAGUGGAUCGAGACGGGCGGGGUGACGCUGGACGACCCCGUCAGCCGGGAGGACAUCAAGGUGUCGUCGUCCAUCAAGCUCCACUGCCACAUCGAGGGGCAUCACCGGCCGCUCUACCAGUGGCUGCGCGACGGCGUGGAGCUGCAGGCCGACGCACGGCUGGUGCCGAGUCGCGACGGCUCGCUCACGCUGAGCAACGUGAGCGCCGCCGACAAUGGCGCGUACACGUGCUGCGGUCAAAACCUCAUGGGCAGCAUGUGCAGCGUCUCCAACUUCACCCUCGACCUCUACGACGUGUCGGUCCCUCGCUUGGUUGUCCGGCCGGUGGACCAGGUGGUGAGCCGGAACGAGGCAGCCUUCUUCCACUGCCAGUUCACGGCCGACCCGCCCCCCACGCCCAUCUGGUACUUCAACGGCGAGCCCAUCACCAACAAGCCCCGGACCACGAUCUUCCCCAACGGCUCGCUGCUCGUCUCCCAAGUGAAGCAGCGCAACGUGGGCGCGUACCGCUGCGUGGCGCGGGGGGCGCGCGGGAAGGAGGCCUCCGCCGAGGCCACGCUGGCGCUGGCCUACAUCGGCGAUCUGGUGCCGCUGGAUGCGGUGGCGGUGCAGGAGGGCGCGUCGCGGCGCGUGCAGUGCGGCCCUGUGCCGGGGCAGCCCCCGCCGGCCGUGUGGUGGGAGCGCGACGGCGCGAGGAUCGGCGCGGGCCGCGGCGGCGGGGGUCGCGUGCACGUCACCGACGUCGGCGAGCUGCGGCUGGACCCGGCGCGUGCCGGCGAUUCCGGCACGUACCAGUGCGUCGCCGAGAACAAGGCCGGGCGCCGGCAGCAGGAGGUCACCAUCACCGUGGCGACCGUGCCGGUGUGGGUGAUGCCGCCGGUGGACAGCGCCCUGCAGGAGGGGCAGCCGGGGUUCCUGCACUGCUCCACCAACGCCACGCCGACCCCACACGUCGCCUGGUACAAGAACAACUUCGAUAUCUCAGUGCAGGACGGGCGGUUCGAGGUGUUCCCCAACGGCACGCUGCGGAUCAACGCGGUGGAGGUGUACGACGGCACGGUGUACACCUGCAACAGCAGCACCGCCGCCGGCUCCAUCACCAGGGCGGCGCGCGUGCACGUGCUCGCGAACCUCAAGUUCACGCCGACGCCGCAGCUGCACCAGUGCCUGGAGCUGGGGAAGAGCAGCAGUGUCCACUGCUCAGCUACGGGCCGUGAGCCGCCCGUCAUCACGUGGAGCAGACAGGGCCACGGUGCACUGCUACCUCCCGGCGUGGCACAGGAGGCCGGCACGCUUGUCUUCCGGAAGGUGGACGCCUCGCACGAGGGCGACUACUCGUGCACCGCCUCCAACUCCAUGCAGGGCGACAUUGAGGCCACCGUCCGGCUGCAGGUUGCUGUGUUCCCGUACUUCAAGAUGGAGCCGGAGAACACGACGGUGUACGCGGGCGACUCGGCCAUGUUUCACUGCCAGGCGCUGGGCGACCCCGAGCCGAGCGCGCAGUGGAAGGUGCGAGGGCACAUCCUCAACUCCAACGAGCCCAUUAACAGGGUGGAGCUGCUGCCCAAUGGCUCGCUGUUGAUCCGGGACGUGCGUAACGAAGACUCGGGCUGGUACACGUGCAUCGCCGGCAACAAGUGCAACAUCAAGCACCACGACGCCUACCUCUACAUUGUCGUACGCCCACUGACCGUGCCCCCCACGGAGGAAACCCAGGUGUCCCCCUACAAGAUGAUCCAGACGAUCGGGCUGUCGGUGGGGGCGGCCGUCGCCUACAUCAUCAUGGUGCUGGGCCUCAUGCUCUACUGCAAGAAACGGCGCAAGUCUCGCAGCUCCAAGAAGCAGCCGAGCACCGGGGAGCCGGAGACGGAACAUCUCAAUGGAGACCCCCUGCACGAGAACGGGGACGCGGUGGCGGAGCUGAAGGAGGAGGAGAUUGCGCUGACGGCCGGGCCUGGCAAGCGCGCCAGCCUGCACGACCGCCCCACCGUGGCCAAGCAGAGCAUCCAGCGCAUUACGCUGCUCGGCAAGGGCCAGUUCGGCGAGGUUUACCUGGCCAAGGUGGCGGGGCUGACGCUGCCAGCAGCGGGAGGCAAGGAGGAUGACGACGAUGACGACGACGACGACGAGGAUGCGGCAGCACCGGCGGCGGAGGCGGAGACGGUCGCCAUGGUGAAGGCGCUGGGUUCACGCGACGAGCGCGCCCAGGCCGAGUUCCAGCGCGAGGUGGACCUGUUCGGCAAGGCGAGCCACGUGGCCGUCGCGCGGCUGCUCGCCGUCUGCAAGGAGCCCCUGCAGAUGGUGCUGGAGUACACGGACUUGGGGGAUCUGAAGCAGUACCUGAAGCUAUCCAGAGGCGACGACAAAGAGAUCAAAAUGAAGCCGCUCACCGCCCAGCAGAAGCUGAGCGUGUGUGUGCAGGUGGCGCAGGGCAUGGUGCACCUGUCGAGCCAGCGCCUUGUGCACGGCGACCUGGCCGCGCGCAACUGCCUCGUGUCGUCCGACAACAGCGUCAAGAUCUCCUGCCCCGGCCUCAGCAGGGACGUCUACAGCAGCGAAUACUUUGAGCACCGCCAGGCGCUGAUCCCUCUGCGCUGGAUGGCGCCGGAGGCGGUGGCGGAGGGCGACCUCUCCACAAAGUCGGACGUGUGGGCCGUGGGCGUGCUGCUGUGGGAGGUGUGCACCCUGGGCGAGCUGCCCUACGCCAAGCUCAAGGACGAGGAGGUGUUCCGAGCCGUGCAGUCGGGCUCGCUGAAGCCGCUGUCCACCAAGGCGUGCCUGGCGCAUGUGUCCAAGCUCCUGCAGCGCUGCCUGGCGCCCAGCCCGCGCGACCGCCCCUCCUUCCCGGACGUCCUCCACGACCUGAGCAGCGUGCAGCUCGACACCAGCGUCUAGCCGGGCAUCCGGCCGCACCGCCCCUCCGGCCACGCUGCUCCCACUCCCCUCCGCGUCGAGAGACAGUGAGAGGAAGCAAAACAAAAAAUCAAAACAACCCACGGUUAGCUCAUGACGGUGUUUUACUCUUCCUGUAAGCGCGACGAGGAAGAAACGGUUUGAGAUAAAACCGCCGAGAUUGAAAAAACACAAACGCAAAAAAAAACUUGAAAAGAAACUUGUACAAAGACUCUUGCUUCCGAAGGAACGUGUGCGCCGUCGUGAGGCUGUGAGGCCGGGCCGGGCGGCGGAGCAGGCUGCGCGGGCAGGCGCCGAACAGCGGGGUAACGGCUCGACGCCAAUGGCGGUCGUUGUCCCCACGUUCGUGGCGGCUGGGCACUCGCGACGACGCGUGCGUCGCACAACGCCGCGCGCUCGAUGCGGGCGCGUCGCGAACUGGCGGCGCUGCGACGGUGGCGCCACCAUGCAGCUGGAAGGGGGGGGGGCCCUCUCCUCCUGUUUACAUCUGGUGCGGAAAAUCUACGCUUGAAAUUUGUGUUCAUCGACCCAGCGGCUGUGCUCGCCAGCCGGCCUUCCACUACCACUGUUGCACCGAUAAAACCUUACUCAAUGUUGCCUAAAAACGGUUCACUGCAAACAUGAAAUAAAAACUCUUUCUAUGAUUUUA